UCACACGACGAUUUGUUGAAAUUAGGUGGACGAUAUGCAGAACUCGUAAAAGCACAACAGUUCACAAUAGAUGAGCAUAAAAGUGAGGAGGGAAUCGGUAUUCAUGAUACUGAAGAAAAAGAAGAACAAGAAGAAGAAGAAGAACUACACUUAGAAAGCAACGAUCCGCUGUUUCGUAGACAUUAUAGGCGACAUUUAUCCUCCACAAGGAGUAAGAAAUCAUCGUUUGGUUCUACUGUGUUCAUGCGCGCCAACAGCAUUAGCGACGAUCAGAAUAGAAGCAGUCAACGAUUUUCAAUAACUGGCACAGAAGCUCUUUUUCCGAAAACUGAAACAGUUACGCUAGCUGAUGAAAUAACUUUCGAAUCCAAUAAAAAUCCUUCACCAGCUGUAUUACCUCAGAUUCUCGGCAUCUUAUGUACUAUAGUUUUUGGCCUUCAUCUUCCGGCGCUAUCAAUGGUAUUCUCAUUUGUUUUCCGUGCAUUUAAAGCUGGUCCCAGUGAUACUUUGAUAGACGAUUUAUAUUAUUCAUUUGCUAUGUAUGGAGGCCUUGGUAUAGGGAUUUUAUUGGUUCAGUUUGCUAGUAAUGCAUUUUUUGGUUUGUUCUCGGAAAAUCUCGUAUUUGCUUAUCGAAUACGCGCAUUCCGUAACAUACUCUAUCAAGAUGCGACAUAUUUCGAUGAUCCAAAAUGUGUGCCAGGAAAAUUGAUAACUCGCCUCGCUUCUGAUGCUCCUAAUAUGAAAGCGGUUGUGGAUUCUCGAAUGGUUCAGGUUAUAGCUGGAAUUACAUCAUUAGUUGUCAAUGUGAUCAUUGGAUUAAAUUACUGUUGGCAGGUCACUGUGGUUGGUGCAUCAUUCAGCAUAUUUCUUGGUGUUAUCCAAAUAAUACUAUCAAGGUGGGUUUAUCACCAGAAUAUAAGAAUUGCACUAUCAGAUGAAGCUGGACGGACUGCGAUUGAAGUGAUUGAAAACGUCACAACGAUACAAUUACUAACAAGAGAGAAAGUAUUCUUCGAAAAAUACGAGAGCGCAUCAAAAAAACAAAGGAGAAGUGAAUUUAAAAAGGUCUGGAUCGAAGGAAUCAAUUUUUCUAUAACUCAAUCGUUCCACUAUUUCAUGCAAACAUUUAAUUAUGCUGCAGGCAUACCUGUUAUAGCAAACAAUAUGAAGCCUCCAGCUGAUAUUUUCAAUGCAGCAAUGUCAAUGAUGUUAGGAGCUGUCGGAAUAAUGACUGCAACAGUUUAUUUUCCAGAAUUCAUAAAGGCACAAAGUUCAAUCAAACUACUCUUCAAUAUGAUGGAUAGAGUUCCUAAAACUGGCUACGUUAAUAAUGGCCAAAAAUAUAAAAUUCGAGGAAAUAUUCUAUUCGAAAAAGUUAAAUUUGCAUAUCCACAGAAACCUCGAAAUCUCGUAAUGCGUGAACUUCAAUUUACAGUCAGUCGUGGACAAACAGUUGCUAUUGUUGGUCCUUCCGGAUCUGGCAAAAGUACAGUAAUUUCACUACUCGAGCGAUUUUACGAUCCUAUCGCAGGAUACAUACGCCUCGAUGGUAUUGAUCUCCAAAAAAUGGAUCUGUCGUACUUGCGCACUCAGAUGGCGUUGGUUGGGCAGGAGCCUCGUUUGUUUUCAGGAACUGUCCGUCAGAAUGUUUGCUUUGGGCUUGAUGAAGAAGUCUCCGAUGAGAGAAUAUAUGCUGCUUUAGAACUGGCUAAUGCAAAAACAUUCGUCAGCGCUUUACCGAAGGGUAUCGAAACUGAUGUUGGUGAAAAAGGAAUGCAGUUGUCAGGGGGUCAAAAGCAGAGACUGGCUAUUGCCAGAGCAAUGAUUCGCAAUCCGAAGAUCCUACUGCUAGAUGAAGCAACCAGUGCUUUAGAUUCAGAAUCAGAGCGCGCCGUACAAGAGGCGUUGGAUCGAGCUCGUGCAGGUCGAACUUGCAUUACAAUAGCACAUCGACUUUCGUCAAUACAAAACGCUGAUAUAAUUUUUUACUUAGAUAACGGCCGUGUACGCGAAACUGGCAAUCAUUCAACACUUAUGGCUUCUGGCGGUCUAUAUUAUAAAUUGAUCAAGAAACAAGAUUUGUCAUCGUAA